GGGAUUUCUAUAAGAAAAUAAUCUCACCAAGGAAAAUGUCGCCAAGUUCAUCUUGAGCUUCCCAGCAGCGUCAUGUCGGAUCCUGCAGCACCGCACUCAUUUAUAAACCUCAAUGCGCUGCUUGACAACCCCGUUUUCGCCGGAGGCUUCGGCCUCGCCUCUCUUGGCGCUGUUUUGGCCUUCGCCCGCCGAGGCGCAUUGGCUACAGCCGGCAUGAUUCGACGUCGUAUGCUUGUAAACGUCGAAAUUAGUAGGCAAGACCCGUCCUACCCUUGGAUUCUUGCCUGGUUAUCGCAGCCUCGCGAACAAACUUCUUUCUUGGCAAAGAAGUUGACGCGCAUUAACAAAUUGUCUGUCACUACGUCUACUAGCUCUACUCCCAACGGCGCCACUAGAGCCAGCUUCUUUCUACAGCCUGGAUAUGGCCGCCAUAUUGUGAAAUACAAGCAUGCGUAUAUUGCCGUAAACAGAGAGAAACAGGCAACGGCGAGGACAAAUACCGGUGAACCUCACGAAACAGUGGAACUUACUACUCUGUAUGCACAUCGGCACAUUUUUGAAGAUGUUUUCUCGGAGGCUCGGGCUCUUGCUCUCCAGGCAAAUGAAGGAAAAACUGUAGUGUAUUCGGUACGGAGCUUUGACUGGGUCCCACUUGGCGAGCCUCGGAGAAAGCGACCCUUGGGCAGCGUCAUCUUGGAUAAAGGCAUUAAGGAAGAUAUUGUCAAUGAUGCUAAGGACUUUCUCGCGAGACGGCAAUGGUACGUGGACCGCGGAAUCCCGUAUCGUAGGGGAUAUCUCUUAUACGGCCCUCCGGGAAGCGGGAAAAGCUCGUUUAUCCAGGCUCUGGCUGGUGAACUCGACUUCAGCGUGGCCAUGGUUAAUCUUAGCGAAAUCGGUGUGACGGAUGACAAGCUCGCUUUUCUCCUUACCAAGCUUCCCGAGCGAACGAUUCUCUUGCUCGAGGAUGCUGAUUCCGCAUUUCUCAACCGUAGGAAGCGGGAUGCGGAUGGGUAUAGUGGCGGCACGGUGACAUUCUCCGGGUUAUUGAAUGCUCUAGAUGGGCUUUCAGCAGGGGAGGAGCGGAUUGCGUUCCUUACUACCAAUCAUGUCGAACUCUUGGAUCCAGCGCUGAUUAGGCCGGGUCGAGUAGACAUGAUGGUCCGAAUAGGCGAAGCCACCAGAUACCAGGCCGCCCAGAUGUGGGAUAGAUUUUAUGGGGACGUGGAUGUCGAUGGUACCCACCGGGAAAGGUUCUUGAAGCGACUUGACGACUUGGGGCUCUUUCGAGAGGCGAAGGAUAACGAGUCUCACCCUCGAACUAGCACUGCUGCCAUCCAAGGCCUCUUCCUCUUCAACAAGAAUGACAUGGAGGGCGCUAUUAACAUGGCCGAACACCUUAUUCCACCAAAGUUAGAAGCUGAGAAAUAAGCCUAUGACUCGCACACUAGACUAAGUGCGAGGGCAUACUUCUACCACCACAUCUUCCACGACUGGUCCGACGAGCAGUGUCUGCUAAUACUGGAGCGGGUGAAGGAAGACAUGAAGCCCGGAUGCUCCAAGCGGUGGCCUCGAAUUGCCUAAAUGGGACUGGCUUGCAUAAAAUCCUGAUUUUAGAGCAGUAGGUCUAGGUAGGUAUGGGAUUAUCGUUUUCAAUAAGUGCCCGCCGCUUGAUGCGGCGUACAGUGUUUUAAAUAAACCAUUUUUAACACA